AAAGCAAGGCGUUUGGGCCGAAUUCUAAGCGUUGGUCGAUAAAUCGAUUUUAACCACCGCAUCUCCGCGGCUUCCAUUUGAGAUAACUGAGAGCUGAAAAAGCAGACCGCCAUGGCAACUUCAUUGGCAGCGAUGACGGCUCGUCGAGCCGCAACCUUCACUCGCUCCCCAAUCUCAAGCUCUACGACUCAACCAGCUUCUCUUGCUCAACGCCGCGGCCUUGCCGGCGCUGCUGAUCAUCACGGGCCACCUAAGGUCAAUUGCUGGAAAGAACCUAUGAAUCCCGCACAAUGGAAAGAAGAACAUUUUGUGAUUAUAUCUUUGUCUGGUUGGGGCUUGCUUUUCUACGGUGGAUACAAGCUCUUCACCGGAGGCAAGAAGAACAAAGAAGAGACAUUGGUUCAAGCGGCACAGUAAGGUGUGAAUUUCAAGGUGUUAUCCCAAGACUGGGAUUUUUUCAAGUCCCAGGUCCGAGGGUUUCUCUCUAAUAAUCCAAUUGGUGGACAUGACAUAAGUUCCUUUCUUUUCUUUAUAUUGGUUUCUUCCUAUUGUUACAAAUGACAAUGAGAGUUUUUGAGCCAGUAAGUCGCAGACAAAGUUGGUUGUAUCACCAUUAUCAGUUCAGUAUCUCCUUAUAAUAUCAAACUAUAUGGAGUGGUUUAUGCCCAUUUGCUUCU